AUGGAACCUGAGAAUGACUGUGAUUGGAAGCCAAAACAGGGAAUGAUAUUUGAUUCUGAACAAUGUGCGUAUGAUUUUUAUAAUACAUAUGGAGGAAGAAUGGGGUUUAGCAUAAGAAGAGAUUAUUGUAGGAAGGACAAGUUCACUAAUCAACUUAUUCAUAGACUUUUGGUUUACAACAAGGAGGGAUUUCGAAAGGUUGACAAGCGAGACCCAUUGUCAAAAAACUCCAGAGCUGAAACUAGGACUGGGUGUGAGGCUCGACUUUAUAUUAAAUUACAUGAGGGUAUUGGAAAAUAUGUUGUGACUGAUUUCAAAGAAAAACACAACCACGAUCUUGUAUCACCUGAGUGUGCCCACAUGUUGCCGUCACAAAGAAAGAUCUCCACUACCCAAGCAAUUCAAUUAGAUUUAGCGGCACAAUCUGGUCUUCGUUUAGGCCAGUCUUUUGAACUCAUGGGUAGGGAAGCUGGUGGAAGGCAAUGUCUUGGUUUUACGAAGUUAGAUUCUAAAAAUUAUUUGAGAACCAAAAGACAACAAAGUUUAGCAUAUGGAGAAGUAGGCAAUGUGUUGCAAUACUUUAAAGAAAAAUCUUUGCAGAAUCCUUCAUUCUUCUAUGCUGUUCAAUUAGAUAAUGAGGAACAAAUAACCAAUAUGUUUUGGGCCGAUGCACAAAUGAUCAUGGAUUAUGCCCAAUUUGGUGAUGUUGUCACAUUUGAUACGACUUACAAGUUAAACAAAGAACAUAGACCCUUCGCAUCUUUUGUGGGAUUCAACCAUCACAGGGAAACAGUUAUAUUUGGUGCAGCAUUGUUGUAUGAUGAGACCGCCGAAUCGUUUGUAUGGUUGUUUGAAAACUUUCUAGAGGCUAUGUCAAGGAAGGCACCAAAAACUUUGUUCACCGAUCAAGAUGCUGCAAUGGCUAAAGCCAUACCCAUCGUUAUGCCUGACACAAGUCACCGAUUGUGUACUUGGCAUUUGAUGCAAAAUGCAUUAAAACAUGUUAACUGUUUGUUCCAAGAUAAGGGGGUCAAGGGUGUACUAAAUAAAUUCUUCUUUCACAUUGAAGAUACAAAUCAAUGGAAAUUAGAGUGGGCGGAAAUGCUUGAUAAAUAUGAUGCGCAUGAAAACCAUUGGUUGAAAUUGACUUUUGCGGUGAAAGAAAAAUGGGAAUGGCCUUAUGCUAGAUCAACAUGGGCUGCGGGAAUGAGUACCACACAACUUAGUGAAUCUUUUAAUGCUUUUUUGAAGGAUUACAUUCGUUCUGAUUUCAACUUAAAUGAAUUCUUCAUGCAUUUCGAAAGGGUACUUUACGAGAAGCGAUACAAGGAGUUAGAAGCAGGCUAUGCUUUGUGCCAAAGGUUACCAAAGGUGAAAGCAACAAUAAGAAUGUUAAUUCAAAUGGGUAACGUCUACACAAAAAAGAUCUUUGAGGAAUUUCAAAAUGAGUACUUUCAAUCCAUUGAAUCAGACAUAGAAGCAAUUGAAUAUGGCGAAGCUAGUACCAUUUACACAGUUGUUGAUGUUGGUAACAAACAUGCAAGGAAAGUGAAAAUGGAGAGGGAUGGCUCUUUGGGUUGUAAUUGUACAAAGUUUGAAAGGGAAGGGCUCUGUGAUUCCCCAUCCAUGCAAUGGCAUUCACGAGACAUUAUUGGCAAAACACAAUUAGAGGUUCCUCCACAAUACAUCUAA